CGAGCGGCGGCGGUUCCGGGCGGCGGCGGCGGGCCCGGCCCGCGGAGCGCGCAGUACAUGGUAAUUCCAUCACCUCCUGGCCAUCCAAAUGAUGAAAUCAGAAGCUAAGGAUGGAGAAGAGGAAAGCCUGCAGACAGCAUUCAAAAAGCUGAGAGUUGACACAGCUGGAUGUACCACUUCUCUCUCUGUGGGUGAUGGGACAAGUCCCAGAGCAAUAGUUAGAACAGUGGCAGAUGAAACCAAACCUAAGAAUGUGUGUGCUUCUAAGGAAACCUGGCAUGGGUCUGUGAAGAAGCCCUCGAGAGGAGUUGUGAGAACCCAGCGUCGCAGGCGUUCCAAGUCUCCAAUUCUUCAUCCUCCAAAGUUCAUCCAUUGCAGCACAAAGUCACAUUCCACGUGCAGCCAGCUGGUGCAGAAGAGCCAGGCUGAUGCCCAGGAGGACAGCAGUGGGUUUGGGAUGCCAGUCCCAAAGGAAGCUUGUGCACACGAACACUGCAGCGUUGCUCUGGAUGUUGGCCAGAAGGGAGCUGAGGAGUCUUUGGGAGUUUCUGUUGCACAGUUGACAGCGGAGAACACACAGGAGAACUCUCCAGCUGCAGCUUCUCCAGUAUCCAGAACAAGCCUAAAGACUACAGAGCUUUCUGACUUCCAGUCUAUGUCCAAGCUGAACACGAGUGAGCCGUGUGCAUGUGCAGAUAAAACCUGUCAGUGCAAACUGUGGCAAGAUAUGGAAGUGUACAAAUUCUCUGGCUUGCAGAACACCCUCCCACUGGCACCUGAUAGAACGGUUUCUGAGGAUCACUCCCAGCUUUUGCCAUCAAGAACUCCCUCAAGUUCUCCACGCUCUUGCUCUGAGCAAGCCAGGGCCUUUGUGGAUGAUGUGACAAUUGAAGAUCUUUCGGGAUACAUGGAGUAUUACUUGUAUAUUCCAAAGAAAAUGUCUCACAUGGCAGAAAUGAUGUACACCUGACAGCAGCAGCACUAAAACCAGAAGAGUGGCUGAUUUAAAUCUGCCCUCAGGCACAUCAUGUGAAUAUGCAACCCACUCCUUGCUCACUGUGCUUGCAAUAAAAACACUUCUUUGCAUCUCAGCUGAUGUUGAUUAUUUAGGCUGGACAAACAGUUUAGUUUCAGCAUUAUAAUUUAAGCUUGGAAUAGAUAAUGUGGUAAAUGAACCUAGAGUGUAUCUGCCUGUACUUAAGAGACCCAACACUAAUUCUACUUUGUUUCCAAAAUCCUCUUGUUGCUUUGUUGGAGUCCCUAGAUUGCUUGGUGAUAAGAGCUCUUCUUGUGAGACACCUGGUGUCACUCAGCUCCUUUGAAAUCACUUUGACCUCAGGUUGUAAGACUCAGGCUUGUGGUUUUGGAUGCUUGUGCCUCUGAUUUUAUUUCAUAAAGGAGUGUGGCCAUCUCCUAACCUCCCCUAGGUACUAUUACUGGAAAAGUGGAAAGCAAACCUUUCACUGAAUUUCCAACAGGCCUUAGAGACUUGUGUUGCAAGAGAAACACCCUGCUUCCUCAGGCGAGCUGCUGCUGUGGUUAACCAAAGGAAAAGUGAGGGCAAGGGCUGUGCUCACUGUACUUGUUAUGGUGACCAAACCAGAAUUUGCUCAUUUCAGUGGUCUUAAUUCAUACACUGUCUGUCAUUUUUGGGGGUUUUUAGCUUCUUUUUAUCCUAUUCUAUAGGAGCAAGUAUUAUCCUUCCUUCAGGCAUUAAAACCCAUCGACUGCAGUGAACAGUUGUCACUUGUAGGGAAGUCUUGAGCACUGUCUCCACUCCAGUCUUGCUAAGCCAUCAUCACUUUAGCUGCCCUGCCCAGCUUUGCAUUCUCCUGGAAUUUACUGCUUCAGAAGCAGGCAGCUCUCCAUACACAGUGUGCAUCAACACAGUGUCUCUUUUAUGAGUGUCUAGCAAAGGAGCAUCCCAUCAAAUAACAUAAUUGGUUGAGGGUGAGAAAAGUUGCAUUUUGGCUUGUCUUUACUAUUUGUGGUACCACAAUUUUCUGACGUACAAGAUGUGGAGAAGGAAUGGAGACAAACAUUUUCCUGCAAAGUCAUUUGGGGUUUUUUUGCAAUUUCUGUGGCAGCACCUGGUGUCUCAGAACAAGUGGCCAUGUAAGUCCACCUGUUUUGCCAGUCCUGAAGUGUCACCUACGCCAUGCAGAAUUUACCUGUGUCCACAUCCCUUUCUGUGCUCUGAAAUAGCUGCAUUUCUGCCACUUGUGUUCUGAAUUCAAGGCAAUUUUUUGGUAACUUUUGUUUACAAAACUGGGCUACAAAGUGCAGAAUGACUUUAUUUCUCAAAUAAUUAUUCUUAACAGUUCUCAAAUGCAAAUUCCAACCACAGCACUGUCAUGGGGCUGAAAGUGCCUUUCAAGACUGCACUGCUUUUACCAUUUCAUUCUUUAGUGACCACAGACCUGUACUGCAGGGUUUAGGAUUGCACUGUCCACUGCUCAGUACUGUGUUAAAGUGGACUGAAAUCCAGGAGAUGUAAAAAUAGUAGAAAAAUGUGAGCUGGUGCUGACUGAGAAGGGACACAAGCAGUGCCACUAGAGGUCAGCCCCAGGCUGGAGCUGGCUGCUGCAGCAGGCUCAGUCUUUGGGGAGAAUGGGAAUUUUUCUGCCAAAACAAAGAAAUAAGAGCAGCUCUUAUUUCUUUGGUGCCUCUUAUUUCUGUGUGGUGCCUUUGUGCAUACUGACUGUCAGUGUUUUCUGAAGUUUAUGUGGGUUUGUUGGUGGUCAACAAAAGCUCUUUAAAUGCCAAAAUCUGCAUAAGUUAUUAAUGUUUAGACAAAGUGUGCAAUCAGUUCACAACUGUGCUGUGUAAUUAGGAAAAGUUGCUAAGUAAAUAAUUACAUAGUCCUGAA